AUGGCGCCAAUAUCCCUCAAGAUAAUCACGAACGAGGGUGCGGCGACGCGUAAGGUGAAGUUUGACAACAAAAUCACCGUGCGGGACGCGCACGCGAUUAUCAAGGAGAAGGUCAUUGUGCCCGACCCUACCAAAGAGCAUGGGCUAUUCCUCCGUUCGCCGGACAGCGACCGAGUAGGAAUCUGGCUGGAACAGCACCGAACCUUGGACUACUACAUGCUGAGGGACGGAGACAGUCUCGAAUACAUUUGCAAGAUUAGAAAUCUCAGGGUCAAACUACUUGACGGCUCAAUAAAGACCCUACCUGUGGACGAGGGGAAGACGGUGAGCGAACUGAUGGUCGACAUCUGCGGCCGGCUCAACAUCACUAACUACGAUGAAUAUGGCUUGUGUCCCGAAGAACACGAGGAAAAGGAGGACGAGAAAGAGCAAGCUCCGACGGGCACGCUCACUCUGAAGCGUCUCAAGCCGCAGCCCAAGGAACGGGACGUCACGCUGGAAACGCUCAGCAAGAAGUUCCAGACUGAUGAUAACGUCCACUGGCUAGACCAGCACAGCACUCUGCGCGAGCUGGGCGUGGAGCCGACGGAUACGGUGAUCUUUAAGCGGCGGUUGUUCUACUCCGACCGCAACGUGGACCAACGCGACCCUGUGCAGCUCAACUUGCUCUACCUUCAAACCAGGGACGCCAUACUCAACGGUAGACAUCUCGUCACCGAGGAUCAAGACAGAACGAAAAAAAAAUACGUUGAUGCUGAUCAGGAAUCCAAUGAAGAUUUUUCGCCAGACGUCUCGGAAUAUGCUCCGAGUCCAGGCCCAAACAUAUUGGAGAGUCCAUUAAGUAGCGCUUCAAGUCUAAGCGCAGACUCUGCAUGUAUUAAUAAAAUUAUAGAGUUUCCAGAAAUUAUUAGCACUCCAUCAACAAUUUCUAAUCUAUCAUUGUAUUUAACCAACGCUGAUUUCGUGGCUUCUUCAUCAGAAAUAUAUAUAGGAACCUUAGAUUUAUCUCAACCAAGUAUUGAAAAGGAAAACCAAUCAAGACCAAACAUAAUAAGAACAAUAAUUAGCCAAGAAGAUAUAGAUGACACGUUAAAAUCACAUGAAACUUCAGAAAUUAAUCACUAUGAAACAUUGACCGGUAGAAUUUCAAAUGACUGCUCACAUGCUAAGCAAGUUGUUACCGACAAUGAGGAUAGUCCAAGUUUAAUACGGAAAAUUAGUAGCGAAGAAGAAAACAAUGAAACUUUAAGACCAGAAGGGCAGUCAGAAAGUGACAAUGACACAACAUUGACCGGUAGAACUUCAAAUGAUUGCUCACAUGCUAAGGAAGUUGUAACCGACGGUGAGGAUAGUCCAAGUUUAAUACGGAAAAUUAGUAGUGAAGAAGAAAACAAUGAAACUGUAAGACCAGAAGGGCAGUUACAAAGUGACAAUGACAUAACGAUGGGUUGUGGGACCUUAAGCGAUUGCUCGCAUACGGCGACAGCAGAAAGCGAAAAAAAACACACUAGGAAACGCAAGCUGAUUAGAACUGAGUGGCGGAGUAAAAAAAAUAAAAUCCUCAAAAAUUCCGGCAAAGCUUACGAAGGGUGCAAUUCCAAAAAAAAAUAUCCUGAAAAAACUAUAGGCUCCCCAUACGACGCUAUGAAAGCCACCCUUGAGGAAAAACAAAGACUCCAUUUACAGAGAAAAGAAAAAGUUAGAUCAUUAAAAAAAGAAGAAAUAGAGACAGCUGACAAAGCGGUGGAGUUCGCGGGCAUUCAAUGUCAGAUCCACUACGAAGACUUCCAGGAAGAGAAACAUAAACCUGGCUUUAUAGAGAACCUGAACGAGUUCCUCCCGGAGACAUACUCAAGCUCGUGGGGCGUCGAGAGGAAGGUCCUGAAGGCGUACCGCAAGCACCACGGCCUGUCGCAGCUGGAGGCCAAGAACCUCUACAUUAAGACUGCCAGGGAACUGCCAACUUAUGGAGUCACAUUCUUCUUGGUUAAGGAGAAACAAAAAGGCAAGAAGAAACUGGUGCCUCGGCUGCUGGGCAUCAACGCUGAGGCCGUCCUGCGCAUGGACGAGAACACCAAGGAGAUCCUGCAGCAGUGGCCGCUCACCCACGUCAAGAGCUACCACGUCGGCAAGUCCGAGACCUUCGCGCUGAACUUCGGCGACUACAGCGACAAGGAGUACUGCUGCAAGACCCAGGAUGCGUUCCGCAUCCGCGACAUCCUGGAGGGCUACAUCGACAUCAUCCGGCGCCGCAUGUUCGCGAGGCCCGGGCCCGACGGGGGCGACUCCAUGGCCGUCUGCCACGACAACGUUCAGUCCGGACAAAUACAAAUUAUCCAGCACAUCCAGAACCAACCCAACAAGUUGGUGAAGGAGACAUUCGUCGGUCCCAACAAGCUCGUGCCCUUUGACCAAGGGUCCGUAGCUCAACAAGGCACGCAAGUGAUGACGAUGCAGCAGAUCAUACAGACCAAUCAGUUCAACAAUCCACAAAGAGGCCUGCAAGGUGAAGUGGCCCAAUGCGGUCAGAUGCCGACAGAUUGCGUGAAGAAGUUGAAGAGGAUGAACUCCUGUUCAGUAAAGGCUGUGACUCUUCUCGCAGAGCCCACCGAGGAGAACAUCAACGAAGCCCAGGAGUUAACCAAGAACAUGCAGGACAGUUUGAAUGUUGUUGAAUCGGGCCUGAAAGAGAUAGUGAAUCAACAAACCAUCGAAGAGUCUCAACAGAUGCUUCUGAACGAGAUGCAGGAUCUGAGGAACUACGUCAAGAAGUUGUCUGAAGCCAUUCAACCUGGACAUGUUAACACAAUGGAGGCGAAGGACGCCGCCGAGAAGAUCGUAGACUUGACAACUUCCCUGUAUUGUGCGCAAGAUUUCAAGACCAGACGGCGCAGUGAACUUCUGAAUCGUUCCAAGAAGAGUUUCAUAGCGGACGAGAAGGUGGACGCGAACGUGCGGCGCGCGCAUUUCCUCGUGGCCGCCGCCGACGCGCACGCCGCCGCCCAGCGCGCGCACCAGCGCCUCGCGCAGCGCCUCGCGCCGGUCAUUCGCACACACACACACACACACACACACACACACGCGCACACGCCGCCGCCCAGCGCGCGCACCAGCGCCUCGCGCCGGUCAUUCGCACACACACACACACGCGCGCACGCCGCCGCCCAGCGCGCGCACCAGCGCCUCGCGCAGGUCACUCGCACACACACACACACACACGCGCGCACACCGCCGCCCAGCGCGCGCACCAGCGCCUCGCGCAGGUCACUCGCACACACACACACACACAUACGCGCGCACGCCGCCGCCCAGCGCGCGCACCAGCGCCUCGCGCAGGAGUACAGCGGGCCGGUCCUGGACGAGGCGCGCGGCCGCCAGGCGGAGCUGGCGCUGCAGGACCGCCUCGCCAAGCUCAACGCUGCGCUCGCGCUUUACCUCACCGCGCACUCGGAUCCUAACAACAUAGACUACUCUGCUGCAAACACUUCUAUGGACACCAUUAAAGAACUAAUGCCAGAACUUGCACUCAAAGGUCAAAUGUUGGCUAGUACCAAGGAACCGUCGGCUCGCAAGGCGCUGCUCGAAGACAUGCGCACUCUGUUCGAGGACACUCUCAAGUUGUGCUCACUCACCGCCCCCGAGGAUCACGAGAAAAUGCAAGAAGCGUCCAACAAUUAUGCAGAUAACGCCAAUAAAUUGCUGUUCACUUUCAGUCGCGGCAGGAAUGCCGAGAAAGAGAAUGAGCUCAUAGAGCUGGCCCGGGAUGCCGGCGCCAAGACGUCCGCGCUGCUGAACUGCGCCAGCUCGCUGUCGGCCCUGCCCCCCCCACAGGCGGCGGCGAUGGACGCGGCGGGCGCGCGGGGCGCCGCGGCCGCCCGCGACCUGCUCGCGUGUGCGCAGCUGACAGCCCCAGCGAUCACCGAGCCUCACUGCCAGAGCGCCCUCACGGCAGCCGCCGAAGGUCUCUCGUCGUCGAUCCACCAGCUCUCAGCCACUUGGAAGCCGCUGGUGGAAGAGCCCAGUAGACAGCAGAUAGGUGAAGAACUACAUCAGCGGGAGCUUGAUGUACACAGAGCACUCGAGAGGUUGCAAGAUGCUUACGCCAAUUUGAGUGGUGCGGACGAUGAAUCUCUGCCGCCACGUGAGAGACAACGUCUGAAGUUCAUCAACAGUUUGGCCGGCGCCAGGAAGAACUUGAAGGACCUCCCCUCCACCUGGGGCACGUCAGGCGCUGGGGGUAAUGCCGGUGCACCUCCUGGUGGGGUGAAGAACCCCGCGUUACCCGAGCUGAAGGAGAAGGCGGCCCGCCGACGGCUCUCACAGCAGCUGGCGCAGCUUAACGCCGCCGUAGCCAGGCUGGCGCGAGCUACUUCAGAUCCUGAGAAGCCAGAUUAUGAGAUAGCUGAGGCAGCGCUCAACACAAUAGCGGAGCUGAUGCCAACGAUAGCACACGACGCGGACGUAGUGAGCGCGAGACAAGACGAGGGAACUCGUGACGCCAUGAGGAAAUACAUCACGGGACUGUGCGAGGCCAGCCAACACAUGUUUGACAACUUGGAUCAAUUAGAUGACUUGGGGCCGGCCGCUGCUAAAUUUGCCGCAUCGAGUAAAAAGUUGGUGUUCCUCAUCAGUCCGGGAGCUGACAAAGGGAAAGAGAUAACGCUAAACGAGUUGUCAUCGGCGGCCUACGACAAGAGCUCGGCGGUGGUGGCGCAGGCUAUGGCUGUGCAGGAGCAGCUGCGCGGGCCCCCCGCGGCGGAGCUGUGCGCACGCGCCGCCCGCGCACAGCUCGCCGCCAGGGCGCUCGUCACCGUGGCACAGGUAACCGCACCAAGUAUCGACGAGCCUUCCUGUUCAAACGCCCUUGCAGAAGCUCUGCAAGAGCUCCAGAACUGCAUCAAUGAGGUAGCUGCCGCCUGCUACCCUCAUAUUAAACCUGGCUCCAAGGAGUACGCAGGGCUGCAGGACAGUCACAGGCAGUUAGAGGACAGUGUUGAGAAGAUCGCACAAGUCGCUCAACUAGAUCUGAGUAAGGAUGUAGAAAUGACCGAAGCAGUUCACCCCGACACCGCACUAGCAGCACAGAGGGAGAAGAAGCGACUGCAGUUUGUCAAUAGUAUGCCUGAAGCCAAGAAACGUCUGGACGCAGCCGAACAGCAGAUGAAAGAGCCGCUGGCGUGCGUGAUGAUGAAAGCGGAGGACGCAGCAGUGUUGCAGCGGCAGCUCGAGGACAGGCUGGCGCAGCUCAACGCGGCUGUCGCGGCCCUCGCCCGGGCCACCUCAGAUCGUGAGAACCCGGAUUACGAGGGUGCCCAGCGAGCCGUCGACACCAUCACACGCCUCAUGCCGGAGUUCGUCCAAGACACGUGUGUGCUGGGCGCUACGAAGAGCGGCGACACUCAGAACAAGUUGGCGCAGCAGCUGCAGCAGCUGUGUGACGCGAGCAGAGCCAUCUGUGACAGCGCGGGACAAGCGCAGGGUCUCAAUGAGGCCGCUGUCAAGUUCUCUGAUGCGAGCGGCAAGUUGUUGUUCCUCGUCAGUCCUGGAGGAAGUCAAGAAAAGGACAAAGAGAUAAUUGAACUUGCAUCUGAUUCGUGCCUGCGCGCGUCUGAGCUGUUAUCCCAAGUGCAAGGUUUGACCCAGAGGGUCCCUGGAGAGGAGGGGGUUGAACUGGAUAAGAGAGGAGCCAGGACUGCUGAUGCAGCACAGGCGCUGCUCACUACUGCACAGUUGACGGCCCCGACUAUCGCGUCACCACAGUGCUCAUCAGCUCUGAUCUCUGCGGCCGAGCAGCUCCGAAGUUCGGCGAAGGAUCUCACUAAUUCGUGCCAACCACAUCUCCAGCCAGGACAUCAAGAACAGUUGGAGCUGCAGAACUCGGAUGAACUGCUGGAGAACAGCUUGUACAAGUUAGUGCAGGCAUGCAAGGAAGCACCACGACGUAAACCACAACCACCGCCGCAACUAGACAAGCAACGUCUGAAGUUUACUAACUCCGUGUCUGAAGCCAAGAGUUGCUUCGAUGAUGUACAGCAACAACUCCAACAGCCGGUGGUGUGUGCCCUGAUGAGAGAAGAAGACGCAGCAGCCCUGCAGCAGCAGCUGUCGGACAGGCUGGCGCAGCUCAACGCGGCCAUCGCGGCGCUCGCCACCGCCACCGCUGACCGCUUGCACCCCGACUACGCGUCUGCACAACGAGCUGUGAACACCAUCACUGCGCUGAUGCCGGAACUCGUACGAGAUUCAAAAACAUUGAGUGGCACUAAAGCUGGCGAUGCUCAGCAGGACAUGUUGCAACAAGUGCAGCAGUUGUGUGACGCGAGCAGAGCUGUAUGUGCUAAUGCAGCCGAACCUCAGGCCCUCAGUGAAUCGGCCGCCAAGUUCUCCGACGCGUCAGGUAAACUCAUGUUCACCAUCAGCCCAUCAUCAGACAACUUGAAAGAGAAACAGAUCAUUGACCUUUCGUCUGUUGCGUGUGUCCGCGCGUCUGAGCUAUUGUCCCGAGUGCAGGCUCUGACCCAGAGGAUCCCUGGGGAGGAAGGGGAGGAACUUGACAAGAGAGGAGCCAAGACUGCUGAUGCUGCACAAGCGCUGCUUACUACUGCACACGUGACGGCUCCGUCCAUCGCCUCACCGCACUGCUCAGCAGCUCUGGUCUCUGCGGCCGAACAACUCCGAAAUUCUGCAAAGAGUCUCACUGAUUCGUGCCAACCUCAUUUGAAUCCAGGACAACAAGACCAAUUGGAGCUCCAGAAUUCUGAGCAACAGCUGGAAGAUAGCUUGAAUAGUUUGGUGCAAGCGUGCAAGGAGACAGCGCGACGUAAGCCGCCAGUGCCACCGAAACAUGAGAAGGGGCGUCUGCAGUUUAUGAACAGUUUGUCUGAAACCAAGAGGUGCUUGGAUGAUGUACAGCAACAACUUCAACAGCCGGUGGUAUGUGCCCUGAUGAGAGAAGAAGACGCAGCAGCCCUGCAGCAGCAGCUGUCGGACAGGCUGGCGCAGCUCAACGCGGCCAUCGCGGCGCUCGCCACCGCCACCGCCGACCGUUCGCACCCCGACUACGCGUCUGCACAACGAGCUGUGAACACCAUCACUGCGCUGAUGCCGGAACUUGUGCGAGAUUCUAGAACAUUAAGCGGCACCAAAGCUGGCGAUGCUCAACAGGACAUGUUGCAACAGGUUCAGCAGUUGUGUGAGGCGAGCAGAGUUAUAUGUGAUAAUGCAGGAGAAGCGCGGGCCCUCAGUGAAGCGGCUGCCAAGUUCUCUGACGCGUCAGGUAAACUCAUGUUUACCAUCAGCCCAGCGCCAGACAACUUGAAAGAGAAGCAGAUCAUCGACCUGACAUCUGAUGCGUGUGUCCGUGCGUCCGAACUGUUGUCACGCGUGCAGGCUCUGACUCAGAGAAUCCCUGGGGAGGAGGGAGAAGAACUGGAUAGGAGAGGAGCCAAGACUGCUGAUGCUGCACAAGCACUGCUUACUACUGCGCAAGUGACUGCUCCUUCCAUUGGUUCGCCCCCCUGCGCAGCAGCUUUGGUUUCGGCCGCAGAACAGCUGCGAAGUUCAGCUAAGAACCUUACUACUUCAUGCCAAACUCACCUAAGGCCAGGACAUCGAGAAAAGUUAGAGCUGCAAGAUUCUGAGCAACAGUUGGAAAAUAGUCUGAACAAAUUAGUUCAAGCAUGCAAGGAGACACCACGACGUAAAGCACCAGCCCCGCCCCAAAAAGAUAAGCAGCGUCUGCAGUUUGUGAACAGUUUGUCUGGAGCUAAGACUUGCUUCGACGAUGUACAGCAACAAUUAAAGCGGCCGGUGGUGUGUGCCCUGAUGAGAGAAGAAGACGCAGCAGCCCUGCAGCAGCAGCUGUCGGACAGGCUGGCGCAGCUCAACGCGGCCAUCGCGGCGCUCGCCACCGCCACCGCUGACCGUUCGCACCCCGACUACGCGUCUGCACAACAAGCUGUUGACACCAUCACUGCCCUGAUGCCGGAACUUGUGCGAGACGCAAGGACGCUAAGUGGUACCAAGAGCGGGCCUGAACAGGACAAGUUGGUACGACAAGUUCAGCAGUUGUGUGACGCGAGUAAAGCUAUUUGUAAUGAUGCUGGACAACCACAGGGUCUGAGUGAAGCUGCCACUAAAUUCUCGGCAGCAUCUCACGAACUCAUGUGUAACGUGACUCCUGCGAGAGCUGCAUCUCGUCAGACAAAACAACAACAGGUAAUAGAUCUGUCAUCAACGUCUUGCGCUCGCGCAUCCGAACUGCUCUCUCAAGUGCAAGCACUCACACAACAAGUAGAGGGCUCUGCAGCUACGGACCUGGACACGCGAGGUGCUAAAACAGCUGAUGCUGCACAGGCUCUUCUCAGUGUGGCUCAGGUGACAGCACCCAGCCUGAAUUCCGCUCAGUGUCGUAAGGCACUGGAGUUAGCUGUGCAGAAGCUCCGAGGGUCUGCAGCCGAUCUGACUGAUGCCUGUGAUCCUCAUCUAAAACAUGGUGCUCAGAGACAACACCUGCUCGAGACUCACCACCAGCUAAAUGACGACCUGGACAAGUUACUGCAAGCAAGUGAUGUGCCGUUGUCGAAAGAACAACAGGAGAAGCAACGUCUGCACUUUAUCAAUAGUUUGUCUGGAGCCAAGAACCGGUUUAAUGAUGUACAGCAACAACUGAAGCAGCCUGUAAUUUGUGCCCUGAUGAGAGAAGAAGACGCGGCAGCCCUGCAGCAUCAGCUGUCGGACAGGCUGGCGCAACUCAAUGCGGCCAUUGCAAUGCUCGCCGCGGCCACCGCUGACCGUUCGCACCCCGACUACGCGUCUGCACAACGAGCUGUUGACACCAUCACUGCGCUGAUGCCGGAACUUGUGCGAGACGCCAGGACCCUAAGUGCUACUAAGAGCGGACCUGAACAGCACAAGAUGGUACAACAAGUUCAGCAGUUGUGUGACGCAAGUAAAGCUUUAUGUGACGAUGCUGGACAACCACAGGGUCUGAGUGAAGCUGCCACUAAAUUCUCGGCAGCAUCUCACGAACUCAUGUGUAACGUGGCUCCUGCGAGAGCUGCAUCUCUUCAGACAAAACAACAACAAGUAGUGGAUCUGUCAGCGGCUUCUUGCGCUCGCACUUCGGAACUAUUAUCUCAAGUGCAAGCACUCACACGACAAAUAGAAGGUUCUGCAGCCUCGGAUCUGGACGCGCGAGGUGCAAGUACUGCUGAUGCUGCACAGGCUCUACUCAGUGUGGCUCAGGUGACAGCUCCUAGCUUGAGUUCGCAGCAUUGUCGCAAGGCACUGGAGUCGGCUGUGCACAAGCUCCGAGGGUCUGCAGCUGACCUCACUGAUGCCUGCCACCCUCACCUGAAACAUGGUGCCCAGAGACAUCAACUGUUCGAUACUCACCAGCAGCUAAAUGACGACCUGGACAAGUUACUGCAAGCAAGUGGUGUACCGCUGUCACGGGAACAGCAAGAAAAACAGCGUCUGCACUUCAUCAACAGUUUGUCUGGAAUCAAGAACUGUUUCGAUGAUGUACAGCAACAACUUAAACAGCCCGUGACUCACAGCAUGUUGCCACAAGAGGAGCAGAUGAACCUCCAGCGCCGGCUCGGGGCCAGGCUGGCGCAGCUCAACGCGACCAUCGCACAACUCGCUGUGGCCACUUCGGACCGUUCCCACCCCGACUACGCAUCUGCACAACGAGCUGUUGACACCAUCACUGCUCUGUUGCCGGAACUCGUGCGAGACGCAAAAACCCUGAGCGCUACACGAGAAGGAACUGCCCGUCAGGACACGUUGCAACAAGUCCGGCACUUGUGUGACGCGAGCAGAGCUAUUUGUGAAAGCGCAGCAGAGCCACAGGAGUUGCAUAAAGCAGUAACUCAGCUGGCGGAAGCGUCCGAUUCCAUGAUGAGUGCUAUACAACCUGUAGCUGAUUGUGGAAAAAGGAAACAGAUUGGGGACAUGUCAGCGGUGGCGUGCUCACACGCUUCAGAGCUCCUGUCCCAGGCACAAGCUCUAACCAAACAGCUGCACGGUGACGUCGCUGCAGACCUGGCAUCGCGAGUAGCCAGAACCGCCGAUGCUAAACAGACUCUUCUGGCAGUUGCUCAGGUGACUGCUCCCAGUAUAAACUCCUCUCAGUGCCAGAAGGCGUUAGAGUCAGCCGUGCAGAAGCUUAAAGACUCUGCGGCAGAACUGACGGAGGCGUGUGACCCGCACGUUAAAUCAGGUGCUCAGAGGAAAGAGCUGCUGGAUACUCAACAGCACCUGGAAGAUAAUUUGGACAUGUUGCUGCAUUCAAGUGGGUGUAAAGGGGUGGUGUCCCCAGCACUUCAAGAGAAGAUGCGUGACAGAUUUAAACGCUGCGUGUCGGUGGUCAGGCCUCAAAUAGAAGCGGCUCAGAAACAAGUGAAAGAGGUGUCGCGCGGACAGUGGGCGGGCGGGGCGGGCGGGGGGCCGGUGGGCCGCCACCAGGCGCGGCGCCACCUCGCGCAGCUGGACAGCGCCGCGGCCGCGCUCGCCGCCGCCAGCGCCGAUCACGAGAACCCCGACUACCCGACAGCAGAGCGUUCGCUCAUCACCAUCUGUGAACUGAUGCCGAUAGUUGUGCAAGAAAGCAAGGCAUUGUCCUGUACACGGGACGACGACCAUCAGCAGUUGGUACAAGAAAACCUCAAAGUGUUAUGCGACGCCAGCCGUAGGAUAUGUGACAGUGCUGAUGAACCGAAGAAGCUGAACGAGUCGUCUCUGGAGUUUGCUAAAGCGUCCAGCAAGUUGAUGGUAUCUGUUCGUCCUGAAUCUGAGCAAUUAGAUGCUGCAGGUGGCAAAACAAAAGGUCCUCAGAAGCCAAGUGUCCCAGUGCGUUCCACCAAGACGGUGGCUCAUGCUGUACCGUCCCGCAACUCUAUCACUACGCAGAACUUCCUCGACGCUCUGCGCACUGAGGAGGACUACGACAACGAAGCUCGUAUCGUGGCAGCUCAGAGCAAGACGGACGAGGAGAAGAGCCAGCUACAGCAGUUCACGCGAGCUGUUGAUGCUGCCGAGAAGGAGAUCGAGGCUGUCGAGAACUCACUCAAAGCGUUACACAAAGCCAAGAUUACUUGCGACUUAGCACCAUUGGAGGUUAUCACGAAGGAACAGAAGAUAGAAGACACCUUGGCCAGGGCUGGAAUUGAAGUCGCUGCGCUUAUCUCGGCCAACUAUGCUCAUAAGUUGGACUACGCCGCCGCUGAAGAGCCGACCCUGGGCUUGGGCAACUCCGUCAGGACUAUCGUAGAAGAUGGUAGCAAAAUCUGCGGCGCCCUGCCCAAGGAGAUGCAAAGGAGCUUCAUCGACGACCUGUCGGGACUGUCCGGAGCCGCCAGGAGUAUUUGUCGAGCAGCUAGAUAUGAUAAAGAGAAAUUGAACGACGCUGCCAUAGCGUUUGGGAACCACUCGGCGAAAUUGCUGCAUGUCGUCAGCGCCAACGUGAACCCUGGCUUGGAGAAGGAGGUGAUAGUCCGCGCGAGGGCUAUCGGCGACAGCGCGUCGCGCCUGGCGAUGGACGCCACCAACGUCGCCAACAACAGCGCCAACAUCAGCGCCAACAUGCCCGCCAACAAGUCCCCCCACGGGGAGCAGAGCCGCGUGCAGGACAUAUGCGCGGCAGGGGCACAGUGCGUGGACGCUGCCGGCAAACUCGUUUAUACUGCUAAGCUAGUAGCUCCAACCAUUCACCAUACAAGCUGUAAGGAAGCUUUAGCAUCAUCAGCUGACACACUCGCAGCAAAACUAGCGACAUUCUCCGACACCUGGCAACCCUUCGCCUCCGACCCUCACUCGAAGAAACUCACCGAGGAAUCCAAGAACCUGACAAAGCUCAUGGAGAAGCUAAAGGAUGACGUGAAGAGUGAAAGGGGUAAGAGGCGGGACAUAGACCGAUUGGUGGUGGUGGACACUCCCUUGCGGCAGAUGACUGUCCAGAUCAUCGACAACGCAAGAACUAUGGUGGAACACGGCGAUUUAUCACCGGACGCCAAGCAAGAGUACAGAGAGUACCACAGCAGACUGGCAGAGGCUCUGCGAGCGUUGGACCUCGCUAACGCCAGGUGUCAGCGAGCUCCACAUGAUAAAUACCGCCGGAACGAGAUGGACAUAGCUAUCCAGGAUGUACAGAUGAUGGCGCUGCAGACCCGACCUUCCAGGGCGGGCCAGGAACCGAACAACAUCGUGGACUUUAGAGACUUCUUGCAAGGCCUGGCGACGGAGUCCGACAAUCUAGCAAGAACUGCUGAUAAACACUCCGUAGUAGUGGACAAGAGAGUCGUUGAUGAUAUAAAGUUGUUGUGCAGUAAGAUAAGCGACGAUGCCAGGAGACUGAUGAAUCCAACCCAACACACCGGAUACGACAGCUACGAAGAUAUGAUGGAGAUAUAUGAGUUUGGACAGGAGUGUGAUCACCUGACGAAGGAGCUGAACUCGAUGAUCAGGAGCAUCCCGGAGUCGAAGUCGAGGAGUGCGCUGCACGCGAAACUGCUGCAUGUCGCUGAAAACUCCAAUUUCCUAAGGUUCGCCACGAACAGCGCGCUGUCGACUGCGAAGUCCGCGGCCUUCGAAGCGACGCUGCAGGAUCUGGACGACUUCCAGAACACGGUCAUUAAGGUCAUAGGUACUCAGCGCAGGCAGCAGGAGAGGGAGCGCGCGCAGUGCCCGUGGCGCGCGGGCCGCGCGUGGAGCCGGCUGGUGCGCGCGGCGCGGGGCGCGGGGCGCGGCGAGCAGCAGGCGCUGCGCCCCGCGCUGGCCUCGUGCUGCCUCUCCGCGCACGAGCCCCGCCUCUGCACCGCGCCAAACGAUGAUCUAUUUUCCUGUCUCUCCGGAAUUGCCGGAGGGCUGCAGCACUACACGGAGAUCAGCUGCCUGCAGAGUGCCAACUGGAUGAAACACGACGAAACUGACAGCACUAGCCCCCUCGUUCAGGAAAUAAACAAAACGGGGAGCUUACUGAAGAAAAAACCUGAAAUUGAGGUGGUGAGAGAUGAGGAUAUUGAAAGUUUGCUGUCCACCCAGGGUCACAAGGUUGAGGGCACUCGCAACCAAGUGGAGGAGAAGUUCCAGCAGCUAUCGACGAAGCUGUCGUCGAUGAGCGGCAGCGUGUUCCAGAGCGUCAAGAACCCGGAGGCGCUGGCGCGGAGCCUGCGCGCUUCAGCCGCCGCCGCCGCGCAGCUCGCCGGGGCCGCGCGCGCGCUCCGGGACACUCAGAAACCGAUUCAGUCCAAGAAGAUCGAGGACGCGACUCACGAGAUGUGUCUCGCUACGUAUGACCUGCUCAACACUUCGGAGGUUCUUUGUCAGAACCCAGACCAUCACGACACACGAAGAAGACUAUUAGAAGCGUGCUACCAUGUCAACGAUUCUGUUAAUAAGCUGAACCGCGCCGUAUACCCUGAACCGAAGAUAGCGCGGGAGAGCAAUGAGCUGCUCCGCGUCCUGCAACUCCAGAAGUGUGCUCUACAGUCAGCUGUGCAGCCCGCCGCCUCCAGCCCCUAUGCUCACUGCAUAGAUGCGCUGCACUCGCAGCGGGACCUGUUACUCAAAAUGAACAGCGACCAGGCCAUGUCCCGCGAGGAGUUCCUAAAGAGUAUGCUGUUCAUCACCACUGCAGUGACCAACAGCACUGAGUGUGCUGCUCAUGCAACAUACCUGUUAGCCGUGUCAGAGAAUGACAAGAGUGUAGCCACCGAGGGUCUGAUAGAUGUGCCCAAGAUGAAGAAGAGUAUUGCAGCUAUUCACGACACGUGUGUCAGCAUAAUUUUGGACCCUGUAGAGCAGGUGCGGGAAGAAAGGAGAACUCUCGAGAAGCAAGUGGAGGAGUUGAUAAAAGACUUGGACGAGAGCGAGGAGAGGACCAAGGAUCAAGAUGUGAAGAUAAUGCUGAAGAAGCACAGGAAGGAAGUGCAGUUAUCCUCGCAAUCUUUGUACAACGUUAUCAAUCAGAAGAAACCAGCGGACGUGGUCAUCUCUUUUGCCCUGUGCUUAGACGAUGAUAUAGGACGGCUGAGCCACGCGCUGGAGCACCCGGCACUGGUGCCCACCGCUGGACAACUGUCCCAGGGCACGCAGGCUCUUUGCGACGAUGUGCUUAAACAUUCCACAGACCUAGUUACAAAUACUCAAGAACUGAUCAAAGAAAUCAAGUCUACUCCGGAGCAGUCUGAAGUCCUGAAGUGGACCUCGUUCUCCAAGAGGAAGGACGUGCUCAACGCGUUUGACGCUCUGCUCAAGAGUAUAAAAUCCAGUGGACAAAAUAUCAACGUUUUGGAAGCAGACGAGGAAGCAUCAGAGCAAAAGAGCUAUGUGCAGAUACAGACGGAUACGGCAUUCAAAUGGCUGCACAAGCCGAUGGCUAAGAGCGACGUAAAGGCGAACGGACAACAAGCUGUUAAGAACCUUAUUGAUAUCGGCAAUAAGAUGGCGGAGGACCUGGAAGGCGCCGACAAGGAGGACAUGCGCCACGUGGUGGAAGAGACGGAGCAGCUGCUCAAGCACUGCACCAAGAAGUACGACCAGGAACAGUACAGCUUAUUGAUGGAGCGUAUCCGGGAGCUCAAGAAGGCAAUAGAGCGCAUGGCAGUGACCAGGGUCGUAGAAGACUUCAUGGACGCGGAGCAACCACUCGCCGACCUCGAUAUAUUGGCAGAUGCUGAGAGGGACGAGAAGAACCGCAAUUUCCUCCUGGAGCGUAAGAUAGCCGAGCUCCUGGCGCAGCUGGGCAGGAUGAGCAAGACGGCCAGGUUCAUCGCCGACACCGGCAAUGCUGGGCCCAACGUGUCCUCGCAACUCAGGACUUGUAGUGAACAGACGGAGUUACUCGCCCCGAUGUUGGUGAAGGCUGCCCAGGAGAGGGUCCAUAAACCUGAUGAUACGGCGGUAAUAGAGAACUACAAGGCUCUGCUGGCGAGAUACACGGAGUCACUGUCCAAGGUACGAGAUCUGUGCGAUCAGUCUGUGGAUCCCAUGGACUUUGUGCUAACGGCUGGAGAGACGAUGCAGAGGAUGAGGGAUGACUCUAUCAAUGAAGACCCUAUGAAGUGUGCUCUCACAUCUGUUGCCAUUACAAAGCUGGCCAACCGCGUGAUCCACGUGGGCCUGUCGUCGCGCUCGGCGCGCGCGGACCCCGAGCUGCAGCGCGCGCUGGCCGAGGCGCAGCACCAGCUCUCCGCCGCCACGCCCGCGCCGGACACGCGCGCCAGCAACAUACCCGACUGGAGGGACACCACCGCCAAGAUCCUGCACGCCACCGGCAAGGUGGAGUCGGUACUGGGCGGGGAAGCCAUCUUCAACAAGGAACCGGACACCGACCAACCCAUCUACAACGAGGCGUUGAACCUGCACGUGGCAAUCCGCGACUGGUCGUCGCGUGACAACGAGAUCGUGGCGGUGGCCAAGCGCAUGGCCGUGCUCAUGGCCAAGCUUUCCGCCUACAUGAAUACGGACAAGCAACACGAAGUGCUGACGACGUCCAAGUCCAUAGUGGCCGAGUCCCACGAGGUGGCGCGGCUCGCCAAGAAACUUGCGCACGAGUGUACCGACCACAGGAUCAAAACUAAUCUUCUCCAAGUGUGCGAAAGGAUCCCAACGAUCAGCGGCCAGCUGAAGAUGUUGACGACCGUGAAGGGCUACUCGCUAGGACACCACGGGACUCAGGAGGACAAGGAGGCCAUGGACAUGCUCGUGGGGAACGCACAGAGCCUCAUGAUCAGUAUCCAAGAUGUGGUGAAGGCGGCUGCCAGUGCAUCAGUAAAGAUCAUGUCCCAGAGAGGCGCCAGGAUCAAGUGGGUGCGCAAGACUUACUACUGA